AUGAAGUUCACUGUCGUCUCCCUUCUACUGGGUGCUAGCGUAGCCAUUGCUGUCCCCAUCGUCGAGCGAGACAGCUCUAUUCAGAUCAGUGACUUCUGGGCCAGAGCUAGCGCCGGCUCCUCUGCUACGAUGCAUUUCGUCGCGACUGAUCCAAACUACCCCGACGAUACCCCCACUGACUGCAACCUGAUCUGGUCAUACGGAUCUUCGCCAAAGGAAAGUGCCCGAUGCAACAACAGUCAAUACUACAUCCACUUUCCCGAUGGUGCCGUGGACUUCAACCGGUUUACACUGGGAAUUGAGAGGGUCUCAGGCCCGAUUGCUGAGAACGGUCAGGUUUUGCUGAGCUCCGGUACACAGUGGUCUUGUGUGGACAAUCCGGAGAGUGCUGUUCACCUGAGCUGCUCGUAUGAUGGCGUUCUUAGUAUGCCCGUGUGA